ACGGCCUGCGACGUCGGCUCCUUCGGUUGGCCGGACUCGGUUGCCGGGACACGGAUGCGGGCUGGCGGACGCCUCGUGGCCGCAGUAGCAGGACGCCGCGGCGUCGGCGUCUGUCGGACCGGCCGACAGCAGACUUCGGCGCCGGGCUCGACUACGGCACGAGGACAAGUCGAGCGGCUUCUCCGCGUUCGGUGGCGCCGCGAAAUGAGCGGACUCCUCGAGACGUCCUCGUCGAGAGGCAGCUGGAAACGCGGCUUCUUCAGGGGCCCGUUUGACUGUCGUUUCUCGCACAUUCGCGGCUCCGUCUCCAAGGCGACUCGUCUCUUCUGGCCCCGGGCUCCGCUCGAAGGCCUCGCUCUUUCGCCCAUCCUCGGCCCAAAGUCUGCCGCCUCGACCGGCCUCGAGCUGGCACAGUUGGCGGGUCUGCCGGGCGUCGAGUCGCUGCAGUGGCGAUUGCACCUUCUCAUCACCACCUGCCUUGGCCCGAUCGUCGUCGGCCGGUCUCGAGCCGACGUCUUCUGGUCGCUUUUUCCAUCACCGGCCUCGGUAGCCGUGUCAGCCGUGUCGACCUCGUCGGUGACGUCGAUGUCGUCAGCCGCAAUGUUGUUCGCAAAGUUGCGCUCCUUCUGCGCGUCGGCCAGCGAAAGUGCUUCAGCCGCGAGUCUGCCGAGAUCGUCAAGUGGCGCCCAAAACGAGAGAUGUCAGGCCACCUUUUCGGCGCUCGGAGCUACCCAUCCAUUUCUGGAUAAGGCCCAACGGGGCCAUUUCUCUCGACACCACCAACACAACCCGAAAAAAUCUCUUUUUUCCUCUUUACAUCGUUCAACUAUCUACCCUCUCAUCUGUACUCUAAUCGCCUCGUUCCUGUCGCCUGACUACCUUCUCCUCUCUGGCUCAUCUUUGCCCAUUUUGGCUCGGUCUCUAACUCAGGAAUUUCUGUGGCCGCAUCGUUCCGAUCUGUUGUCAUCGCUGCCAGGUAUCAUGGCUGGCGUACUGUGCCUUUACACGGUCGUACGGAUUUACCUUUGUCAACCGCUCUCAUCGACGAGUUAA